AUGCAUUGUUUGAGUUGAAAAUGCAGCGAAGAAGACGCCACGCCUGAAUUAAUCGCGUCGUACGAUCGCAGAGCCCGGAGGCAUCCCGGGUAUGUGGCCCAUAUAAUGGUAGCACUAACUUGCGUCCUCCGAGAGCGGCUCAACCGCGUGCUCGUAUUCAUAUUCGUCUUCGUUGACGGCUUAACCGGUCCCCUUGGAUAUCACUUUGAAUUCGUGAGGCGCACCCUCAUGAAGCAGCAGGCGAGGUAUAUGCAUCAACACUAGAUAUAGCGAUGUUUGAAUGCGCUCUGAGCAGAAUUCCGCGGAAGGCGA